CAGCCGUCCAGCGGCUGUAGCCUUAUUUACAGAGUAGCCUGCCGGCCGCGUGCACAGCGUGACGUACGCGCAGGCUGCCGCUGACAGAACCGAGCCAUGGCCCCCGCGUCAUUCCGCCUCUCGUCUCUCCUCAAACACAGGGACUGUGUGCAGAAGGCGGGCGUGUUCCGUACCGUCCUGCGGGCUCCUCACCGGCCGCUCACCUCCUCCCUGUGGAGGCGGAACGCGGGUGCCGCGCCGCUCGGAGUGGGCCGACCACCGAGCCACCGGCCCGCGGCCACAAACUACGCGGCAUCUGUCUAUUCUGUGUGUAGCAGCUCUUCAGCGAGUCCGGACCUGACGGAGAGGCUGUGGGCUGUUUACAACGAGACCAGGAGACAGACGAAAGAUUCGAUCCCGGUCAUUUCCACCAACUCAGUCGACCCCGACACCAUCUUUGCCAACAAUGAGAUGAGCCUCCGCGACAUUGAAAUCUACGGCUUUGACUAUGACUACACGCUGGCGUUCUACUCCAGCCACCUCCACACCCUCAUCUUCAACAUAGCGCGGGACAUCCUCAUCUCUAACCACAGGUACCCAGAGGAGCUGCGUAAGUACGAGUAUAUUCCCAAUUUUGCAGUAAGAGGACUUCACUAUGAUGUUCAGAAGGCACUGCUGAUGAAGAUAGAUGCUUUCCACUACAUCCAGCUGGGAACCGUGUACAGGGGUCUUCAUCCAGUUUCUGAUGAGGAAGUAAUUGCCAUGUAUGAAGGCAGCCACGUGCCUUUAGAGAUCAUGAGUGACUUCUAUGGGAAGAGUUCUCAUGGACAUACCAUGAAACAGUUCAUGGACAUAUUCUCCCUGCCUGAGAUGACUCUCCUGUCCUGUGUCAAUGAUUUCUUCAUGAGGCACAACAUCGACUAUGAGCCGGUCCAUCUCUACAAAGACGUGAAGGAAGCCAUUAGAGACGUUCACGUCAAGGGAAUUAUGUACCGAGCUGUGGAGGCGGAUAUUGAGAAAUACAUUUGCUACGGCGAGCAGAGCCACGCUGUGCUGAAGAAGCUGUCGGAGCAUGGAAAAAAGAUGUUCCUCAUUACCAACAGCCCCUUUGACUUUGUCGACCGAGGCAUGAGCUACAUCGUGGGGAAGGACUGGAGGGACCUGUUUGAUGUUGUAAUUGUUCAGGCAGACAAGCCCAGUUUCUUCAAUGACAGGAGAAAACCUUUCCGGCGGGUGACGGACAGAGGCGCGCUGCUGUGGGACCGGAUUCACAGGCUGGAGAAGGGCCAGAUCUACAAACAGGGGAACCUCUACGAGUUCCUGAGGCUCACGGGCUGGAGAGGCUCCAAGGUGCUCUACUUUGGUGAUCACAUCUACAGUGACCUGGCGGAUCUGACGCUGAAACACGGCUGGAGGACGGGCGCCAUCAUCCCCGAGCUCAGGAAGGAGAUCAAGAUCAUGAACACGGAGCAGUAUGUGCACAUGACCACGUGGUUGCAGGCGCUGACUGGGCUCAUCGAACAGAUGCAGGUCCACAGGGAUCCGGCAUCUCAAGCUGUCGUCGAGGAAUGGAUUAAAGAGAGGGAGUCCAUGAGGCCACAGACGAAGGACAUCUUCAACGCUCAGUUUGGGAGUCUGUUCCGGACGUAUCACAACCCCACCUACUUUUCCCGGCGCCUGUCGCGCUUUGCUGACAUCUACAUGGCCUCCAUCAGCUGCCUGCUCAACUACGACCUCCAGCACACCUUCUUCCCCCGUCGCACCCCCCUGCAGCACGAGUCGCCCCACUGGCCCGAACACAGCGCCGCCGGCCCGGACGUCUCCUCGCAGCUGCACACGACCAAAGAGAGGGAGGAGGACAGGGUCCAGAAGUAACGACGGCGCCCAAUGAUUUCACAUUCACACCAAAAGUUGUGUUCACGUUAAACAGUUGACGUUGAUGUUCAUUAAGCUUAAAACCUGCUCGCUACACUCAGUUUUGGGACUUUGUCCUUUGGCCGCGCUGACUCCGCUUUAACUCGCUGCUGUUGCGGAGCUGUCAGUUCAUCCCCCUUUUUCAUCUCUUGUUUUAAUCUGCUGGUUUGUUCUGUGUCAGGUGUUUCUCUAUUUUUAAGUUUGAUGUGGUGGUGUAAGGGUGGUGCAGUGAGUAGCACUGUCGCCUUACAGUGAGAAGGUCCCGGGGCGGCCGGUUAUGCAUGUUCUCCCCUUGUUUGCGUGGGUUCUCCAGCUUCCACAAACAUGUUCACAAACAUGCAUUCGGUUCAUUGCUCACUGUAGAUUGUCCAUAGGAGUGAGUGUGUUGAUUGUCUGUCUGUGUGUUGCCCUGCGAUGGACUGGCGACCUGUCCAGGGUGAACCCUGCCUCCUGCCCUCAGCCUGCUGGCAUAGGCUCCAGCCCCCCCCACCCUGCAUGGGAUUAAGCGGUAGAAAAUGGAUGGAUGUGGUGGCGUACAGAGGAUGAAAUGCCAGAAACCUUAUAGUUUCUGAAACGUCUGUAAAAGUACAGACAGGUACGUAUAUAAUUAAGUCAGAAGCAGUAGAUAUGUAUUUUAUAUUUUUAACGCACAAAAUGUAAAGGCACUGAUUUUUUAAGGUUUUCACGGAUUUUGAUUCUUUGUCUGAAUGAGAUUGAACGUGGUGAUGCAGUUACGCCGUGUGGGCUGUAGGGGGCAGUAACAUCCAGUCUAUGAUGGUGGAGUGCUUCAUGUUUAAAAAUGAAUUCUGCCUUAUUUUAUUGUUUGCAUCUGUAAAAAGAGAUUGCUUACUUCUUGAAUGACUCAGAUGUGACAUUUACAUUUCGACCUCUGUUGCCUUAGUGUCUCGUUCCUAUGUGCUGCAGUCUAUUUAUAUUCUUUUGUAUUGGCUUAAUUUAAUUUGUGGUAAUGAAGCCUUUCAGCCUUCUUUGCAGCUUUGUAGUCGCAUUCAUUUGGUUCUACACAUGCUAUGCUCUGCACACCCAUGUUCUGAGGUCUUUGUUUUAACAGCGCAGCCUCUACGUCUCAAUUUAGCAGAUGAGAAACGUUAAUGUUUGUCAGAAAAAAUAGAACACUGGCUAUUUUUAGCGGGAGUGUUGCUAUUUGAUGCGUGAAGGCAGCGGUUAGUUUCAGUUUGAUUUGACACGUUGCGUGUGAAAUAUUCACACUGUAAAGUGACGGCUGGAGAAGGACUGAUUAGCACCUGCAGUCAAGUGGUUCCUAAUGAAUUUGAAAAAAGGGAAUUCUUGCAUCCAGGACUUUAUGGUUUAUUUGUGCCCCUUUAGUUAUGAAUAUGUAAUAAGUGUAUUUUUAUUUGACUAUUUAUUAAAAUGGAAAUGGCUUAUUGAUCUCAA